UUGCUUCACACAUGAGGGGAAGGUCAAUGUGGAGGUUUUAAACUGGUGUUGUGAGCUUUUGGAGCUAACUGUGUGCUAAAAUAUUUGUAUGUGCUUUAGAGCUUUAGAGCGUUUAUGGCUAAUACUCAGUGUUAGCGUUUAAUUCACUGCAGGAGUCGUUCAGGUUGGUCAAGCAGCGAUGUUACAGAGUUUGUGUAAAUUUCACCGGAGGCUCGCUGGAGCUCUUCUGCCUUUCGCUGCUCGUCCAUUAGCAUUAGAAGCGCUCAGUUCAUCAGCGCACGUGCAGAGAGCAAACUACGGAAGUGCUACAGCAGAGCGCAGGAAGUUCUACCAGGAUGUCAGUAUCUCUCAAGGUGAAGGUGGUCUGUUUGAGAUAAACUUGGACAGGAGAAAGCUAAAAACUCCGGGAGGAAAACUUUUCACUGUGCCCAAUGAAGCCCUGGCCAUCGCUGUUGCUACCGAAUGGGACGCUCAGAAGGACACACUCAAGUUCUACACCAUGCAUCUAACCACUCUGUGUAAUACAGCCCUUGAUAACCCAACACAGCGCAGCAAGGACCAAAUGAUCUCUGCUGCCCUGAAAUUUCUGGAGACUGACACAAUCUGUUACAGAGUAGAAGACCCUCCAGGACUUGUCGAAUUACAGAAGAAUGAAUGGGACCCUGUUAUGGAUUGGAUUGAAAAAAGGUACAAUGUUGUCAUCGGGUCAUCCUCUAGUAUAAUGGGCCCGCAAAUCCCAGAGGAGACCAAGGAGACAUUUCGCCAGCACCUUAGCUCUUAUAAUUUGUGGUCUCUGACAGGGCUCGAGUAUGUGAUCUCACAACUGAAGUCAUUGAUUCUGUCCUUUGGGCUGAUUGACAGACAUUUAACUGUGGAACAUGCAGUUCUGCUGUCUCGUCUAGAGGAGGAAUACCAGAUCCAGCGUUGGGGAAACGUCGAGUGGGCCCAUGACUAUGAUAUGUAUGAGCUGCGGUCUCGUACAGCAGCAGGUGCCCUGUUUGUGCAUCUGUCAUCUGAAAGUUCCACAGUGAAGAAAAAACUGCUUCGGGACUGAUCUGACCUGUGUACACGAGACAAUACUAUAAGUGGAGAAGAUGGAUUUUAUCACUGCCAUAUAAUUAUGGUCAUGGAAACAGAAUUUUGUGUAAUGAUAUGUCUGUAAUUGUGACAUCGCCACACUUUAGACUUUAAAAGUCUAAAGCCUUUAACCGAUUUCUCUGUAAUGUGUUUGUGAAUACAUCUGUAAGAGUGUUAGAAUGUUUUACAUUAUUUUCUGUGGGAAUAUAGGGUAGUGUUGCCACCUCAUAGCUUCAGGAUCCUUGGUUUGAUUCUGAACUUGGGUUACUGUCUAUGCAGAGUAUCACAUGUUUUCCCCAUGUUCGUAUGGGUUUCCUCCAAGUUUUCAGGUUUUCUCCCACCUCCCAAGAACAUACCAAUAGGUGGAUCGGCUACUCUAAAUUGCCCCUAGGUGUAUGUAUGUGUGUGCAUAGAGCCCUGUGAUAGACUGGCUUCCCAGCUAGGGUUCAUUCCUGACUCUUGCCCAGGAUAGUCUCAAGAUCCAGCUUGACCCUUACCUGGAUAAAGUGCUUACUAAAAAUGAAUGAAUGAAUGAAUGAAUGGUGUUAUUAUAUGUUAACAGUUACAAGUACUGUAUGUUCUAAUAAUAUUGCUGUGAAACAUUAAAUAUACAGUGGUUGUGACUGAA